AUGCUUAAUAAUCCUAUUCAUCUAUUCAGACUUGAUUUUAUUGGAUAUGAGCUCCCUUUGUUCAAAGUAAAUUUUUUCCCAAGAUCCUAUGAUAUAACAAUGAAGAUAAAUCGAGCUGUAGCAGACAAACACCUUUAUGACAACAAUUUUAUUAAGAACCCGAAAUCUGGGAUUUUAUAUAAAAGCUUCUUUGAUGAUGCAGCCUGGUUAGAUUGCAGACUAGAAGAAAUGUAUCCAGCUAAUGUGAGAUAUAAAACGCUUGUUUCAGAUACGAGUUUAGGAGUGGUGGUAUCAAGAUUUAAUAAAAAAAAACUUGAUAAAGCUGUUAGUGAGAUACUUAAAAAUAAUGCAGUAGAUGGAACAGAUGCAAUCUUUUACCCAAAACCUUAUAUAUAUUUUGCCUCAUCUGAUGAAGUGCUUAAUGAAGUCGCUUAUUCCUUAUGUUAUGCAAAAAAGAGUAAAGUGAUGCUCAAAAAUAUUCCUGAUCUCCAAAAAUUGAGACAAGAUUUAUCAAUAUAUAAGUAUUUACUUCAAAUUGCUUAUGCAAAAAAUAAGACUGAGCUUUCCACUUAUAUUGGCAAAAUUAAUGAAGCAUUAAAAGAUCAAGAAAAUGGUUUCGGAGUAUUUUUUACUUACUCCCCCCCAUCCUUGAUCGAACGACUCGCCAUCGUUCGAUCAAGGAUGGGGGUUAAAAAAAUUUUUUUGGUAAAAAAAAAUUUUAUAUAUAAAAAAAAAAAAUAUAUAUAUAUAUUUUAUUUUAUUUACUUUUUUAAAUAAGAGUGUUAAGAGUAUUUCAUAAUUAUUUUUACAGCAAAAAAUUGAAUUAAUUUCAUAAAAAUACCAAUUUUUAAUAUUUUGAUUUAUUAGCCACCCCUUUAAACUGUAUAAAUUUUAAUUUGUUCCUCAUUAAAUUAAUUUUGUUUUUUAAAAAUUUUAAAGAAUCUCUAUUUUAUUAGAUUAAUAAGUUUUUAAGCCUAGGUUGAUAACUAAAUCACUUCGGAUGGUUGACUCCGAAGCUUUCUGUCGUCUCAAAGUCUUUGAAAACAACUUCAUUAUGUACAUCUUCUCAAGCUUUUGAUAACUAAUAUAUUUUUAUAUAUAUAUAAAAAUUUUGCAUGAUAUGAAAAUCGUUCGAUCAAGGAUGGGGGUUAAUUUCCCCAAUUUUUAGGAAUUUUUACAGUCAAUCGUUCGAUCAAGGAUGGGGGGGAGUUAGGCAUUAGUCAAGCCUACAAAAAAACUAACAGAUCAUUUGAUACCAAUUAGGAAAAUAUACUUGAAAAAGAUAGCACGGGAAAUGGGGAUUUCUGGCUCUUUUUAUUCUUUUUUAUGUAAGCUUAAUUUAGCAAUUCUUGCAUUAAGGUAAGUUAAGUUAUUAAAUAUCCGGCCAUAAGCACUCCUGCAGGCGCUGACCAUCCGCUCCGUCUCGGCUCCAAAAUGGCAUCCGAGGACGCCAUCUUGGAUUUCCGACUUCAGGGGAUAGCUCGUCCUGGGCAGAGCCGCUCUUAGAUAGCGCUCCCAUGGCCCCGAUGAGGAAAGACCAUGUGGUAGGCAAAACCUGCCUAGCCCAUCUGGUAGGGACAGGAAAAAUCUUUGGGGAGAAAUAAAACUUCCUUCUUCGGCAAAGCAUCUCUCCAAGCCUGAAGGCCUACUUUCACCAGACAGAGGCCCUACUUUCAGCACAUCAGGAUGGGUCCUACCUGCUCCAUAGGGAGUGUGCCUCGGAGUCCAAGUUUAGUCAACGUCACCAUUUUAUUUCUUUUCUUGCAUUAAGGAAUCAAAUAUAUUUGCUUCCAGAAAUAAUUGAAGGUUUAGUUUAG